GGAGGCAUGUAACCAGUUCAGUGUCAACUUCCUGUUUGGGCAGAACGCAAGUUGGUGUUGGUGAACCCUUCAGAACAGAGAGGAGAUAGCAAAGGAGAGAGCCUGUAGCAGCACUGAUCCUGGUCUGUAGCUUCAAAACUACACAUUUUAAACAAUAUAGAUGAUUUACAAACCUGUUUUUUCUCACAGGUCAUGUUCAAAUCCAGACUUUUGUCUGAAGGGUGAAGAAGGAUCUGACCCAGUGCCUCCUAAUUCCUCGACUGAAAAGUCUGAUGCACCACCUCCUACACAGAUUUCUUCAUUGUCCCAUAAAGAAAAAGUGAGAAAAUGCCCAUCUUUCUCUUUACUGUCUGCUCUACAGUGUGAGGAGGGAUACUGGCAGCUGAAUGAAGCUCUCGGAUCAUUGAUAAACAUUGAUGUCAAUUACUUGUGCAAUGAGUUUUUAGUUAAAAAUGGUAUCCAGUCCCUUGGGAGCAAAGGAAAGGAGGAGGUUCCAAAACUCAUUGCCACACUCUUGGUGCUGCAAGUAAUCCGCACUAAUAACUUGCAAGGGAUAAAAUGUAAGAGUUUGGUGUCACUGGAUGAGCCCUCCGGCACCAGCCAGUUCCACCAGGCAACUGAGAGAGCCAUGGAAUGGGUGAGAAAGAGAGACAGUCAGUAUCCUGGCAUCUGCAAUCGACUCGGCUUGGGCAAAGACUGGGAAUCUGCCACCCGGAAGUUAUUAUCCAUUGAUCCUGUGGAUCCUUCCUCUGAUCUUUAUCCUGCUGUGAGCAGAGACAGAUCAAACAGUUAACUUAAAUCAUUAUUCCUGUUUGUGGUGGGGUUGGCCACAUCCAGUACCCUAUACAGCACUCAUGGUCAAACUCGCUUCUAUAUUCUGUCUCAUCAUGUAUCAAACAUUUCCUGUUAAUUAAAUAUAACAAGUUUACAUAUUAAAUGCACAGGGUACCUCUGGCAGGAGAGCAGGCAUUGAACCUUUUCUGCCAGUCAGAGAUUAGCAUUACUGCCUGAUUUGUUCCAGAAGUGGAGAGGUGUUGGCUGAGCUGAGACCCUCCUCACUUUUAUGGAGCGCUUAUUGCACUAGUUUGUGUAAGGGUAGUGCCUCACCAGGCGGACUAUCUGCCUUCAGAUAAAAACAGGCCGAGAAUCUGAUGUUGUGCUCCUAACGGCUUCCUGAUGUGCCUGGAGCCGCUGCGUUGGCCGGGGCGCUGGCACACAAAGUGGAUUUUGGGCGGAAACUCUUGAGUGUGCAUUUUAGCACUGAAAUCUGCUCCAUGUGCCUCCGCCUGGGCUGACACAGUGGUUCAGGGUGCAGGCACAUCAGAAAGAUGAUAUGAGUAUAGGGGUGGAUCCGCAGGUAAAUGCAGGCCGGGACUCUGCCUGAUAUGGCACUAGCCUUAGGGAAGCAGAACAGAACAGUCCAAGUGCCUUCCUGCUGCUGUUAGAUACAGCCCAUACAGCACUAUCACUGUAACUGGCUUUUCCUAAACAAGCAGCCUGUAUUUAUAUUCCUGCUCAUAAGCUUUAUUCUGGUGGGGUAAAUCCACCCGCUGCUCUUACUAAUCUUUGAAAAGUCAGUUUUCUUUAAUAGAAGCUUGAUUCUAAUAUAUUGCCUAUUGCAAAAUAGUAAGCUAGGACACACCUGACAGGUCCAUAAAAAGCAACAAUAUUGCCACAGUGGCUAACAAUAAAAUGGCUUUUUAUCCUGUUGUGAUAUAUAAAGAUCUCAUAUGGCUAUUGUUGCAAGCCCAAAUUAAUAGCUGAACUAGAUGUGCCCAUGUCCCAUGUCUGCCCAAUAAAUGUAACAUGGUGAAAUUG